AUGUUUGAACCUACAGUGUUUAGUUUAAAAGGUGGAAAAGAAAAGAAAAGAAAGAAGUUAUCUAAUCAAUUCAAUGAUAUUUCACAACAAUUACCUGGUCAUAAUCCUUUCUAUGCAUUUGAACAAUCAAAUUUGGUAAUUCCCAAUCCACUUCAUUCACAUCCUCAUCCAUCUCAUCAUCUUCAUCAUCAUCAUCAUCAUGAACAUCAGCAUUAUGGUAUGGAUCAAUCAACAGAUCAACUGCACAAUUCUAAUAAUGAUAAUAUAAUUCCUAAUGAAAUUUCAACUAAUCCAAUUCCUCAAGGUGAUUAUAUAUUAACACAACAACAAAAAAAUGAAUUAUAUUCAUCAAUAUUUUCAGAAUCGAAUUAUUUUCUAUCAAAUACCACGGUAAAUAAUUUAUCAAAUGUACAAUAUUCCAAUUCAAAAUGUAUUCAACAGCAUAUACCUGAAUCAUAUCAAUCAGUGAUAUGGUUAAAUCAAGAACAUUCACAAAUACAAUUACAAGAACAUUUACAUUAUACAUCGGAUGGAAUAAUUACAACACAUAAUCAUAAUAAUAAUUAUCCAUUAAUAAUUAAUAAUGAGAAUAAUGAGAACAUGAAUAAAAAUUGUAAUGAAUUAUCAAAUAUUAAAGUAAAUAAUACAGAAAUGGAUAGUGUUAUGCCUGUUCCAAUCGAGACUGUGUCAACCACCAUGACUGAUGGUGAAAAUAUUCAUGUUCAGGACAGUGAUAAUGAUGUUAUCAUGAUGCAACCUUUAGUUGAACAGUCAAAUCAUUUUGAAACAUCUGAACAUUUAUCUGGAAUACUGUGAUAUCAAAUGAUUUAAUUGAUAAUAUCUACUGUAAUAAUAAUAACAAUAAUAAUAAU